GUCAGAGCGGGGGACUGCGGCGCGGGCGGGCCAUGGCCCAGGACGGCCCGUCGCUGUGGGAGCUGGUGGAGGAGCACGUUCCGCUCCAGGAGCGGCCCGAAGUGAAGAGGUUUCUGGGGGAGGCGGCGGUGGACCUGAGCCUGGAGCUGCGGGCGGAGGUGGCCAUGCUACAGACGCUACUCCGAGAGGCUCGAUCCUCCCAAGCACCCAGCUCACGCCCCACCUCUGACCCCUCCUCGCUUCUGGCACCACCUCCCUUUCUACGGGACCUCGUGCGCCAGGAACUCCAGCAGCUGCUCAGGGGUCUCCACCACAAGGCCAUCUGCGAGGGCAGGUGGGAGCCUCAUGCCUGGGCCCCUUCCCUAGCCAUUAGGGACCAGGCCCAGGCUUGGGUCCAGUAUAGCCCCAGGGUCCUGCGCUUUGCCUUGGAAGAGCCCAGAUGUGAUUUGCCAGAACAGGAGAGAGUCCAGAUGAGAGCUGGUGAGCCCAGCAGUCACAGGGACCUCAGCAUCAUCAGGGACCAACUGAACGUGUCCAACAUUGACCAGGUUGCAAGACGCCUGAGGGGCCUCCUGGAGGAGGAGUGUUGCAGCUUGGAGAGGGAGAUCACCAUCCUGCAGCGCUCCCUGGCAAAGGAAUAUAUGCAGCCUUGCCACCCCUCCGAGGCAACCCUGAAGCCCACCCUGGCAGAGCUGAAGGAACAGAAGAAGGCCAUGGAGCAGGAGCUGCAGGCAUCUCUGGGGCCUUCCUGUGUGUCUCCCAAGCACAGGCAGCUGCCCUUGGGAUCCUCCACUCAGGGCCUCAGACCCUUUCCCUGCCUCCACGGGGCUGCUGGCUUUUGGACCACACCUCUGCAAUGCCGCCCACCUGCACCUCCUUUAGGGCGCUGCCCCCGACCUCCAGGCCAGGUCACCACCCGUCGCUGGGGACGGCAGCUUCAGUGCAGCCCCAGGGAAGGGCCAUCUUCCACAUCAAUGUCCAGUGUGGCUCCCUGGGCCGGAACCUAAAGGUCUGGUCACAAAGCAGGUUUCUGCUUCUGCCAGAACCGGCCACAUCUGCUGCCGCCUCUCACCUGCAGUGGCCCAGCUGACUUCAGAUCUGGUCUUGGUGAGCCCUCACUAGGACCCCAAGGCAGUUCGCCUGUCCAGCCCUUGUUUCACCCCCUUGCCAGGUCCCUGGUAUCUGGAGCUGAGUGGCCAGGCAUCUGUCUCAAUCGUCAGAGCCUUUGGCCUUUCUCCUCUCAGGCCUCCACAAAGGCCUGGCAGACAGAGGUCCCAUUCCAGCCCUGACUCUUGUCCCUUGGGGGACUCAGACAAAGCACAGCAGCAGCUCAGAGACAGGAAUAGAAAUUUCAUUAAAAUCUAUGGACUUUAAAA